AGAAUCUCGAACGCUGACAGUAAAACUAAAUUUGAAUUUGGAGACGCCGACUGUCUGAUGAAAAGCUGUAGGGAAUACACCCUCUUGAACCGUAGUCUAGGUCGUCAGAAUAAAGUGUUAAAAAUGAUUACUUAUCACGACUUGUCUGGCAGCAAAGGAAGUGCCAAAAGGAAGUGAUCUGAUAAAGUGGAGCAAAUACGACUGAAGUAAAUGACGAGCACCUUGGGUUUCGGAGCGGAACGGGGAGACAGAGGCAUGAAUUCAAUGAUUACUAACAACGCCCAUCCUCCAAAAUGAACUUUUUUUUUAUAUUUAAAAAUACCUUUUACAGAUAGAUAGAUCGAUAAAUAGAUGGAUAGAUCGAUAAAUAGAUGGAUAGAUCUACUUCCCCCCUGCUGGAUCUGCUGUGUAAUCACCGUCCUCACCCUCACCUGUGUCCUGUGAUUACCUGCUCAUCAGUCUCAUUGGUGUCACCUGCUGUGGUUGUGCUCUGUGUGGUUGUGAAUGCCAUGUGUUCCUCAGUCAUGCUUUGUCUCUGCCCGGCCCUGUAUCCGGUGAGUCUCUCCUAAUAUUUGCUUUUUUUUUUUUUUUUUACUGCUAAUAUCUACCGUUACAAGUUCGUUUGUCCAACAGUAGGUGCCCAGGGUAAGAACCAAGAACAACUUUAUAUGAAUAGGGCUUUUUAAAGCAUUUUAGACCUGUGAAAAUCUAAAGAAAAUCACAUCUGAAAAAAGCAUUCUGCUUCCAUAUUCCCCCAGAGUUCCCCCGACAAAGAUAUAUUAGGGCAAUUUGUUCAACAGAAACUGAUACAGACAAGAAUGCAGAGACCUACACGGUGGACCACACAUAAAAAAAUAUUGUUCUUCAAAACAGUGGAUUUGUCAGUGGGAUUGUGCCGUUUAUCUGCAUUUAUAGGGGAAAAAAAAGGGCCGAGAAUAAACCAAACCCUUUUCAUAUCUUCCCGGGUGAAUAAACAAACUUUCAGAGAAGCCUCAAGUGAUUCCAUCUGUGUGAAAUGACUUAGAGCUGUCAUCGCUCUCCAAGUUACUUUGACAUUUGUAACCACAGUCAGUCAUUCACAUCCUGAAGCUGUGACUCUUUUUUUUUUUUUUGGCUUUACUAGGUCUAAAGACUGUCACUGUGAUCCUAGACUCCGCCGAGCUCAGACGACGCAUUGGUUAAAAAUAUAAGACUUGACCAAUAUGCACAUAUGAAAAAGACCACUUGGAUGAGACUCCAACUAAGCAGCAGCAGCAGCGACGGAGAUCUGAGGGCGAGACGUCAGCCUCCCCGGAGCAUCAGUGGACAUAGUGAUCAUCAGCAGCCGAACCGACACCACUCGGAAAGGAAGUCUCUGGCACAGGCAGAUCUACUGAUGACCAAAUGGGCCUGACAUUGCAAGUAGUUCUUUUUUGGUUACUGGCACUGCACAGUGACACUGUUACGGGCAGUACCCUGUACAGGGUCCAGGAGGAGCAGCCUCCCAACACAUUAAUAGGCAGUCUGGCCGCAGACCGGGGUCUGCCCGACUCGGGCCACCUGUACAAGCUUGAAGUAGGUGCUCCGUACCUGCGCGUUGAUGGGAAGACCGGAGACAUUUUCACCACAGAAAUCCCCAUCGACAGAGAGACUCUGAAAGACUGUCGCUCUCUAAGUAAGGGGAAACUGUGCUACCUGGAAUUUGAAGUUUCAGUAACAGAUCUGAUCCAGAAUCAAAGCCCAAGACUCAUCGAAGGACGUAUCGAGGUUCAAGACAUAAAUGACAAUACCCCACAAUUUCCCUCUUCUGUGCUGACCAUCUCCGUGCCAGAAAACACAAUCAUGGGGGCGCUAUUUUCCAUACCAUUAGCAACAGACCGGGAUUCGGAAAGGAAUGGAGUCGCUGAGUAUGUGCUCACUGCUGGGCCAGAUGCAGCGACGCUUUUCGGUUUACAAGUGGCUGAAGAUAGAGGAGGGAAGCUCCCGCAGCUCAUCGUUCUGGGCAAUCUAGAUCGAGAGUUCAAAGAUUCCUAUGACCUCACCAUCAAGGCUGUGGAUGGAGGGAAUCCUCAGCGCUACAGCAGCGCCCUGCUGAGAGUGGUGGUCACAGACGCCAAUGACAACGCUCCGAAGUUUGAGAAGUCCACAUACGAGUCGGAGGUUUCAGAGAACAGCCCGACGGGACACUCUAUUUUGCAGGUCAAAGCAAAUGACUCUGACAUGGGCCCUAAUGGAGAAAUUGAGUACACCCUUCAUCAAGCGGUAGACCCUGUGCCGAGGCUCUUACGGAUUGAUCACUCCACCGGUGUUAUCUCUGUGAAAGGAUCACUGGACAGGGAGGAAAUCAGCAGCCUGUCAUUCUAUGUUAUGGCGAAGGAUAAGGGCCCUCAACCAAAAAGCUCCAAGACAUUUGUGACCAUUGAGGUGACAGACCAAAAUGACAAUGCUCCGGCUGUGGAGAUUCGAGGGAUCGGUCUCGUGACACACAGCAAAGGAGUGGCCAAUAUUUCGGAAGACAUGCCAGUGGCAACGGCCGUGGCCCUGGUGCAAGUGUCGGACAAAGAUGAGGGAGAGAACGCGGUGGUCACUUGUGUGGUCGCAGGAGAUGUUCCCUUUCAGCUCCGACCUGCCAGCGACUCCUCCAGCGACAACAAGAGGAAGUAUUUCCUGCAGACCACCACUCCGCUCGACUUUGAACGGAUCAGGGAGUACAGGGUGGAAAUUGUGGCCGUUGAUUCGGGGAAUCCAGCACUCUCUAGUACUAAUUCGUUAAAAGUACAGGUGACCGACGUAAAUGACAACUCGCCUAUAUUUUCCCCGGCCGUGUUCGAGGUUGAUUUCGCUGAAGAAAACCAACCAGGGGAGAAGGUUCUGGAUGUUACAGCUUCGGAUGCUGAUAGUGGCACUAACGCUGAACUCUUUUAUAAUAUUUUGGCAGACUCAUCCAUCAAAGGCCUCUUUGAGAUUGACCCAAAUACAGGUGAAGUAAGAGCCCGUAGCCCGCUCGACCGUGAGCAUAAAGAACGCUAUGAGUUCCGUGUUACAGCAGCAGAUAAAGGAUCGCCCGUUCACAAAGGUACUGCAUCGGUGGUAAUAAACGUUCUUGACCGCAACGACAACGAUCCCAAGUUUAUGCUCAGUGGCUACAGCUUCUCUGUUUUGGAAAACAUGCCUCCCCUCAGCCCUGUAGGUAUGGUGACAGUGUUGGACGUGGAUAAAGGUGAAAACGCUCGUGUGCACCUCUCCGUUGAACCUGAUGGGGGGAAGUUUGUGGUUCAGAACGGAACUGGCACCAUUCUCUCAAGUAUCUCCUUCGACAGGGAGAAGGAUAGCAGCUACACUUUCCGUCUGAAGGCAGUGGACGAAGGAGAGCCACCGAGAUCUUCAUACGUUGGCGUGACCAUUAAUGUACUGGAUGAAAACGAUAACGACCCCGUGGUCACAAAGCCCUCCAACUUCUCUUAUAAGCGCUUGUCACCCGUCUCCUCUCCAGAUAGCCAUGUGGAAAUAGUGGAAGCUGAAGAUUUGGACAGUGGGCCUAAUGCAGAGCUGGUCUUUAGUAUUGCUGGUGGAAACCCUCACCAGUUAUUCCGCAUCUCUCCUACUAGUGGUGAGAUCACCCUUGCUAAAGAGAUGACCCGGAAACAUGGCGGACUUCACCGCCUCGUGGUGCGAGUAACUGAUAGAGGAAAGCCUCCACGUCACACCACCGCCCUGGUCCACAUCUAUGUCAAUGAAACCAUUUCAAACGUCAGCUUAGUAGAAGCCCUAAUUGGUCACAGUCUUUACACUCCACUGGACAGGGACAUCGCUGGCGAUCCCGACAACGGCUUCGCCGCACAGCGCAGUAAUAUUUUGUUUGGAAGCCUUGCCGGUGUGGCAGGCGUUGUUCUGUUGAUUUUGGUGGUGGUAUUCAUACGGCACCGCAUCCAGAAGGAAACCAAGAGCGGCUAUCAGGCAGGCAAAAAGGAAACAAAGGACUUGUACGCAUCCAAACAAGCACCCAAGAACGCCAAAGGCAAACGUGGGCGUAAAGGCAAACCCCAGAAGUCUCCGAAACCACUCGGGGAGGAGGAGGAGGUUAGCCUGCAGAAAAGUCUAAAGUUCAACCUCGACGGAAUCAAUGACAGCCCUAGGAUACAUCUGCCCUUGACGUAUUCACCGGGAAGCCCUGAUAUCGGCAGGCACUACCGCUCCAACUCUCCCCUGCCAUCCAUCCAGCUGCAAGCCCAGUCACCUUCAGCCUCACAGAAGCACCAGGCUGUUCAAGACCUGCCAGCUGCCAACACCUUCGUGGGAACGGGAACGGAUGACAACUCCACCGGUUCAGACCAGUACUCAGAUUACAGCUACAAAACCAGCCAGCCGAAAUAUAACAACAAACAACAUCCCCAUCGGCGAGUGACCUUCUCCACCACCAACCCCGUCCAGGACUUGCAGGAUGCCUCUCAGCACAGUUACUACGACAGUGGCUUGGAGGAAUCCGAGACCCCCAGCAGUAAGUCGUCGUCCGGUCCUCGCAUCGGACCUUUGACCCUGCCCGAAGACCACUACGAGAGGACCACUCCGGACGGCAGCAUCGGAGAGACAGAACACCUUGAAAACGAUAUCCGCUCUCUCCCUGAUGUGGCAAUGACCGGAAACUGUACGCCUGAGUGCAGUGAACUGGGUCACUCAGAUGCCUGCUGGAUGCCCGGGCAUCCCUCCCCUGUACGCAAGACCAGGAAUCCACCGAAACUUUCCACCUUUGUGCCUUACCAGGAGAGAGGGAGCUUGGGACGCCUGGCAAAUGGCAGUGCCAGGCUGGGCGGCGAGGAGCACCGCUCCCGCCUUCCGCCCUCCCGCAGUGCCUAUUCCAACAGUGGUCAUGAUGCCAGUCAGGACUGCCCGAUAGAGGAGAUGCCCUUGAGCACCACCUCCGAGUUUCCCCCCACCUCUCCUUCUGCCCACACCCCGAAACGAGAAAUUUACCUGUGAGAUCUCACCGCCACACUAUCGGUGCACAAUUGUGGAAAAUAUACACUCACUUUUCUGAAAGGAACAACAGGCUGUCCACGCUUUAAAAGCCAAUGCUAGUUUUGUAAGUAAAAGUAGGCUGUGACUCAUUUAAUCACUGGCAUGAACACUUGCUUUUGACAUUUCCUACUUAAAUUAAUAAUUUAUAAGCAUAUUUAUUAAGAGUUCCACAAAGUUAACGACGCACUCACUUGGUGAUUAUUUAUACGAAAAUCUUCAAACCUUGAUUAAAAUGGAUCAAAAGAGAAAAUGCACAUGGCAAGCUCUACUUUAGUAGUAAGUUAUUAUUGUUGUAGGUAGCCAAGUCCAAUUUUGUGAAGUGAUCUCUUGAAAUUGAAAGUUGUGAUCAGUGCUCUUGUGCCAUUACUAGAUAUACUUUAAUAGACAGCCGGUGAUGCACUAUCAGUAGGCGAGACUUUUGACUAACAAUCAAAUGAAGUGGUCUAUAUUGGUGUAUAGUGCUGUAAAUACAUUUGAGUGGUGUGUUCUACAUAUAUUUUUGUCUGGCAUAAGCCUAAAAGAAGCCUCCGGAUUUCUGCAUAUCUAAGCUUUCGUUGCUGCUGCUGUUCAAAACUUGAUUGAAAACCAUCUCCCGGAGUGGACCUCGACAAAUGGGAAAGGCGUUUAUCCACCUCAAAUUGUCAACACAACGCAAAUACACACCCCUUAAACCUUUGCUCUCUGUAGAGUAAUGCCACUGGUGAAGAACGCUCUGCGGGGAAAAAAAAGAUUUUAAAAAAUGACAGUGUGCGCCGCCAAUAUCCAGCACUGUGACCUGCGAUUCUUAACGUCACGGGCCGCCUUGGUACAGUUCCCCCGUGAACCGUAAUGUCCAAGCACAGAUGACUAGCAAGACACUCUCUGAUUGGUGUUUCUCAUAACGCUUGUGACUGCCCCCUGUUGGUUUGGUUGUACCAGUGUGUCAGUUGAAAAUGUUUUCUUCUACUGUGACAAUCAGAGGAGCUGGUCGCGCGGCUCAGUCUGCUUCUCUAUAGCUCAAAGUCCUUUCCCUUUCGUGAUCGGUUGAAAAACCUCAGCUGGCAUCAGAUGAGUGCAUGUUAUUUACAUGAAAGGCCACUCCAGCAUCGAGAGCCACCGGCGAGAUGUAAUACUUCUGGUAGUUAAUAUUAUGCUGAAAGGUGCAGUGCUUUCAAAGUACCGUCUUUGUAUUUCGAGUGUUUUUCCCUGAAAAACCUGUGUUCUGUAUCAUUUUUCGAGGGUUGACUGAGGUACACGCGCGUCGCUGCACCCAGACAGAAGGAACGAGCACUUGCAAAGUCACUCAAACGUUGACACUUGAAGGCAGCAGUGGGGUUGGGGUGGAAUGUAUGGUGUUGUUUUAAUGAUUGUUUUUUUUUUUUAAUUGUUUUGAUUAUCCAACUGUCAGAUUAAUUGAUGCGCUAUAUGCUACUGUGUUGUCAGCUGUCACUCCCAUGGCAACCCAUGGCCCCCUGUAAUGGAAAUGCAGGUUAGAUCAGAGUUGACCUUUUCUGACUAUUUGUUGUGAGCU